CUUCGCAUUUUGUACAGUAAUUGUUAGCGCGCAGGAUUUGCGCUGGCUAUACAUGACCUAUAUAGUUGCAAGUGCACCCGCCCCUCUCGCUGACUCGGAGCUCAUUCAAAGUUUUUUUUUGCCCUCGGAACCAAAUGUUAUUAACGAUGGAAUGUUUUGAAGAGUAAUUUAUCAACGUGGAAUGCUAUUGUCCGUUCUCCGCUUCCAUUCAGGUAGGGAGACCAGGUACUGGAAGCAACCCCCAGUGUAAUUUCAUUUACCUUGGGUUCGACUCUCACAGUUAGCCUAUAGAAACGCCGGCGCGGCAGCAACUGAGGAAAGCGUACUCCCAGCUUCGACUCAGUUACGGCUGUAUCUUUCUCGCAUUGUGCUUCGUCUCUCGUGUGGCGAAGCAUAGACCAAGGACCGGUUUGCAUCUCCGUGUGAAUAUUAUAUGGACUGUGAUAUUACGUGCGGCAUUCUUAGCUGAUAGAAGAUGGUCCCUAUUCUGAGAGUACUGAAGAUCAAAUGAUUCAAUAAUGGUCUCGAAUUGCAGUGGUAAGAGCAAAUCAGAGUUAUGUUAUGGGGGCUGGGGCAUAAUCACACUCUUCAGUACUGGUGCAACAAUUUUAUAACAAGGAGAAUUAUCAACCAGGACAUCUUACAACAAAUGUGCAAGAGUAACAUGAUGAAGGCCCUUGACAGAAUGGUGGACUGCUUCAGCAAAGUCAUGCUUCAUGUGGCCAUAUCAUGUUGGCAGCCGUUCCUGGGUCUGGUUCUGAUCAUCGUUCUCACAGGAUCGACAGUGGGAUGUCCGGCUCGCUGUGAAUGCUCUGCCCAGAACAAGUCUGUCACCUGUCAUCGGAGGCGCUUGACUGUGAUCCCGGAGGGCAUUCCUAUUGAGACCAAAAUACUGGACCUGAGCAAGAACAAGCUAAAGACAAUCAAUCCAGAUGAGUUUGCAUCCUACACCCUGUUGGAAGUAAUCGACAUUAGUGAGAAUAUCAUUUCAUCCUUAGAACCUGGUUCCUUUAGUAAUCUUUUUAACUUGCGCUCGCUACGCCUGAAGAGCAACCGACUAAAGUUGAUACCCCUCGGUGUUUUUUCUGGCUUGUCUAACUUGACACAGCUGGACAUCAGUGACAAUAAAAUUGUUAUUUUGCUGGACUACACAUUCCAGGAUCUGCAUAACUUAAAGUCUCUGGAGAUAGGGGACAAUGACCUGGUGUACAUCUCCCACCGAGCUUUCAGUGGCUUGCUAGCAUUACAGCAGCUGACACUGGAGAAGUGUAACCUCACUGCAGUGCCCACUGAAGCCCUGUCUCACCUCCACAACCUGGUCCGCCUCCGGCUCUGCCACUUACACAUCAAUGCCAUCCACGCCUAUGCCUUCAAGAAGCUGUUCAGGCUGAAGCACCUGGAGAUCAGUCACUGGCCACUGCUGGACACACUGCCUGCCAACAGCUUGCAUGGUCUUAAUCUCACUUCCCUGUCUAUCACCAACACCAACCUCUCUGCUGUGCCCUAUGUUGCCUUCAGGCACUUGGUUCACCUCGUACAUCUUAAUCUGUCCUUCAACCCCAUCAGUGUGGUCGAAGCAGGCAUGCUCCAGGACCUAACACGCCUUCAGGAAAUGCAUAUGGUCCAUGCUCAGCUGAUGACUAUCGAAGCCCGUGCCUUCAAGGGGCUGCAAGUCCUGCGGGUAUUGAAUUUGUCGCACAAUCUGCUGGACACUCUGGAGGAGAGCACCUUUCAGAGCACCAGGAACCUACAGGUGUUGUGCAUAGACCACAACCCGCUGGCGUGUGACUGCCGGCUGCUCUGGAUUCUGCAAAGGAGGAAGAUGCUGAGGUUCUCAGGAGAGCCUCCAACAUGUGCAUCGCCAGAGAGCCUGAGGGGGAAGCAGUUCUCAGAUUUCAACAAUCUAUACCUCCCCAGCUAUUUCACCUGUCAAAGACCCCAAAUACGAGACAAGGAGCCACAGAAUUUGAUGGUAGAGGAGGGUCAGACAGCUCAGUUCAUGUGCCAAGCCGACGGUGACCCACUACCGGUUAUUUCCUGGCAAUCCCCACGCAGGAGACUGAUCACCUUCAAGUCAAAUGGUAGGGUGACUGUCCAGGGAGAUGGCACCCUGAAGUUCCGCUCCACCCAGUUUCUGGACAGCGGAGUCUACCUUUGCAUUGCAAGCAACGCUGCCGGGAACGACACCACCUCAGCUACGUUGCAAGUUAAGGGACUUUCCGAGCACUUGCGUGGAAACAGGACCUCUCAGUACCUGACGGAAUUGAACAACACCCACUCCAAUGGGACUCAUGUUCCCAUGACGGUGUCUCUGGACCUUAAGACAAUAUUAGUGUCCACGGCCAUGGGCUGCUUCACCUUUCUAGGUGUGGUCUUGUUCUGCUUCCUGCUCCUCUUCGUAUGGAGUCGGGGCAAGGGCAAGCACAAGAGCAACAUUGAUAUAGAGUACAUUCCUCGCAAGACCAAUGGAGCCACAGUUGACAAUGAGCAAGGAGGUGCACGGAGGUUCAACAUGAAGAUGAUUUAAUGCCAACAGCAAAAGGCUGUAUCGUUCUGUUUUUCAAAAUGAAAGAUAAUCUAUUAGUGGCGUGUUAUGGGGCUAAAUCCAGACAUAGCUGAAGUUCUCUGGUGUCCCAGGGAGUCAAAAACAGCUAAUGGUACAAAAAGAUGUGGGAUGUAGUGGCCAUUGGGAUUCAGAGUUGCAUUCAUGGUGCCCAUGCCUUGAAUUUAAAUGGAGGAAUUUCCAUUGAACAGUUGGGUUCCUGCACUAAUGAUUGCAUCUCUCUAAGGACCAAUCACACCCUUGAACCUCUUGGUCAAGUGAAGGAGAAAGCAUUAGACAUUUUAUACAAAACCUUAACAGUCAGAAAGAUUUGGAAGGAAUAGGCCCUCACAAAGUCACCUACAGGUUUCCCAUGUGAAAAUAAAAUGAUAUUAGUGAACCCCAUGUCAGUGAGGAUCAUGGUACUAUAGUACUGAGGGGAUGGAGGUUAGGAAUGGAAAAUUAUAAAUGGUGUG